AUGGCUUCAUCCGAGGUCGACCAGAAGUUUCUCGGCAAGCUUGCCAAAGAUGUCGAACCGAACAACGCCUUACUAUCUUCGAUACUGUUCAAGAUCCUCGGGCUCUCGAUAAAUCUUGCACAGCAUUUGGUCAAAGCCCGCAAGCAACGUCGAUUGGAUACUACGAGGAUGACCAAUUCCCUCGAGCUCUAUUUCCACAUCAUUUGGCUUUCACGAGAAGGCCUGGUCAUGUUGGAGCAAUACGUUCUACCCAUGGUAGGGGAUCACGACGUGCUGAAGGUGCUGGCUUAUAAACUCCGGGCUUCAUUUUACCACAUCUUCGCCCUCUUUCACAACAACCCGCCUGUUUCGACCAUGGGCCUGGGGGCAACUGAAGCCAUCAUGGCUGCGGCCACGACAGGAUCUGCUCAGUCGCGGCUGGACAAAGGGAAGGGGAUCGCCCGGGACGACGGCAUGCCUGCAACAGCUCAUUCCUCGCUACAGUCUACUCAUCCUUUGGAAGGUGGCCCUGUAGGGGCACCGCCCGGCUUCGAGCCCCAAAAUCCAGAAGCAGCCGCCGCUUUUCUGUUGCCAUCGGUGGACUUCUUACCCAGAGCUCAUCAGUAUUUCAAAGAAGCCGUCUCACUUGCUGACAGUCUGCUUUGGGGGUCUCACUCUCUCCGGCUUUCUGUGAGAACAGAAUAUGUUGCAUUCCUCUACGAAUGUGUUCACGACACCGAGGGCAGUCGAAAACUGGCAAAAGACACGAUAAACGAGGUGUACAACGCAACUGAAGGUAUGGACGACGAUAUGUUCAAUGACGCCUGUGAGCUGGUCACGGUUCUAGGGAAGAUGACGAGACGAGGACUUGGUGCUAGCGGCAGUAACCCGUCACGAAGCCGCGGUGCGAGCCCGGUAACCCUGGCGAUUUCCCAGGGAGAUACGUCGAACCUCAGCGUGGCGACCGCGAUCCCUCCUACCGGCAUGGAGAAUCCGAUUUAA